AUCGUGUACCUGGGCAUGAUGGUGGGCGCGUUCGUGUGGGGCGGGCUGGCCGACCGGCUGGGCCGAAGGCAGUGCCUCCUCAUCUCCCUCUCCGUCAACAGCGUCUUCGCCUUCUUCUCCUCCUUCGUCCAGGGCUACGGCACCUUCCUCUUCUGCCGCCUGCUCUCGGGCGUGGGCAUCGGCGGCUCCAUCCCCAUCGUCUUCUCCUACUUCUCGGAGUUCCUGGCGCAGGAGAAGCGCGGGGAGCACCUGAGCUGGCUCUGCAUGUUCUGGAUGAUCGGGGGCAUCUACGCCUCGGCCAUGGCCUGGGCCAUCAUCCCCCACUACGGCUGGAGCUUCCAGAUGGGCUCUGCCUACCAGUUCCACAGCUGGAGGGUCUUCGUCCUCGUCUGCGCCUUCCCCUCGGUCUUCGCCAUCGGGGCUCUCACCACCAUGCCCGAGAGCCCCCGCUUCUACCUGGAGAACGGGAAGCAUGAUGAGGCCUGGAUGGUGCUGAAGCAGGUCCACGACACCAACAUGAGGGCCAAGGGCCACCCCGAGAGGGUCUUCUCGGUCACACACAUCAAGACCAUCAAGCGGGAGGACGAGCUCAUCGAGAUCCAGUCGGACACCGGGACGUGGUACCGGCGCUGGCUCGUCCGAUGCCUCAACCUGUCCCAGCAGGUGAGGCCGGGGCUGCCAGGGGGUCCCCACGACCCCCCU